AGUUGUGUAGACUCCCACCAUGAAGCUUGCCAUCCUCGCCCUCCUGGCCACCGCCGCCUCCGCCGCUACGCUAUACGACGCCCCGCGGCCACAGGUUCGCGCCUUCGACUCCGGUGAGAAUGUGGCCAUCCUGAGGGACGACCGGUUGAUCGACGACGAAGGAAAGUACAACUUCGACUUCGAGACUGCCAACGGCAUCACGGUAUCGGAGUCUGGCGCUCCAGUUGGAGAAGACGGUGCUGUCAACAGCGCUGGAUCCUUCUCGUACACCGCUCCUGAUGGCACUCCAGUCCACGUAGAGUUCGUAGCUGACGAGCGCGGCUUCCAGCCCCAAUCCGACCUCCUGCCCGUGGCCCCCGAGUUCCCCCACCCGAUCCCUCAGUUCGUCCUGGACCAGAUCGCCUUCGCCGCUGAGGAAGACGCCGCCCGCGCCCGCGGUGAGCUCAGGGGUGCCAGCCAACCCUCUAGCAGAUAUGGCGCUCCCUAGGCGGCUGACAGCUGGAAACCCGAUUCCGGAAUAGUUCAAUUUCGCUACUCAUGUUGCACGGACAUUCAUAAUAUUAUGUGAAUAGUUAUUUAUCGUGUAUUUAUUGUAAAUACUAGUAUAUAAAGAAGCAUUGAAUCCGAA